AUGGCCGCGCAGCGCUUGGCGGUGCCCCGGCUCGAGGGCGUUUCGCGAGAACAGUUCAUCCAGCACCUCUACCCGCAGAGAAAACCACUUGUGUUGGAAGGAAUUGAUUUGGGGCCAUGUACGAGCAAAUGGACAGUGGACUACCUAAGCCUGGUAGGAGGGACGAAAGAGGUCAAGAUCCAUGUUGCUGCUGUUCCACAGAUGGACUUCAUUAGUAAGAACUUUGCAUAUAGAACACUACCUUUUAACAAAUUGGUCCAGAGGGCAGCAGAAGAAAAACAUAAAGAAUUCUUUAUUUCAGAGGAUGAGAAGUACUACUUACGGUCAAUUGGGGAAGAUCCUAGAAAGGAUAUUGCAGAUAUCAGAAAGCAGUUUCCUUUAUUAGAAGGAGACAUUAAGUUCCCAGACUUCUUCAGAAAGGAGCAGUUCUUUUCAAGUGUGUUUCGUAUUAGCUCACCGGGAUUACAACUCUGGACUCAUUACGAUAUUAUGGAUAACUUCUUAAUACAAGUGACAGGAAAAAAGCGUGUUGUACUAUUCAGUCCUCGGGAUGCCCAGUAUUUAUAUUUAUCAGGUACUAAAUCAGAAGUACUGAAUAUAGAUAAGCCAGACUUGGCAAAAUAUCCACUGUUUUCCAAGGCUAGAAGAUAUGAGUGUACCCUUGAAGCUGGAGAUGUGUUAUUCAUUCCUGCUUUAUGGUUCCAUAACAUCAUUUCAGAAGAGUUUGGAGUGGGAGUGAAUGUUUUUUGGAAGCACCUUCCUUCUGAGUGCUAUGAUAAGACAGACACCUACGGAAACAAAGAUCUGGUAGCGGCGUCCAGAGCGGCACAGAUUUUGGACAGAGCUUUAAAAACACUGGGUGAAUUACCAGAGGAAUACAGAGACUUCUAUGCACGUCGAAUGGUUUUACACAUUCAAGACAAGGCCUAUAGCAAGAACUUUGAGUAAAUAAGGCUGUACUGAUGGAUGUAAACUUUUUAAUAAAACUCAAAUAUUAAAAAGUUGCUUUUCACAUUCUAUUAAAAUAGGAUAACCCAAUUUCAGAUUUAUAAAUAGUAUGAAGGCGUGUUUGUGUGGUUCUAGUUGAUUCAGAUUAUGAUAGUUGAAAGAUUGCUGUCCUGGUACCACUUUGUAAUUUGGGGGGACAAUCCAACAUUAUUUAAACAGUAACAAACUAUUGGGUUGAAAUACAUGAAGUCUUCUGGUAGAAGAGGCUUCAGUGUUUCUGAUCCAGUGAUCCGAUGAUGUCACCAAGAAUCUAGGGUUUUCAUUUUGUUUUUCUCUUCUCAACCACAGCAUUAGCAUUAUCCUCAGGCUGGCUACCCUCGUGAUUAUGGGAUCUCUGCCAGUAGCUGCUGGGGCCAUGUGCGACUUCAUUUCCAUGCAGCGGAAGAGCCAGGCUGGAUGCCAGGAGCCCUCACGUAGUCUGACAAAGCUUUCCCAGGAUUCUUUAGCAAAGUCUGAGGUCUCAGUGGUCUAAAGAGCUUAGAUCUGUUCAUCCCUGUCAGUGACUGUGAAGAACAUGGAGUCAGCACUUGGGGCAGUCAGCUUUAGUAGGGCCAGGAUUGAAUUGUCUUCCAUCAAGGCACGGGAGGCGUAUUUUGGAACAGAAAGUAUAUAUUUCAAAAUCAGGGUUAUGAUAAGCAACAAUCGUACAUUUUCUUAGAAUAGACUGAAUCGUUUGAUGAACAUUUUAAACCAUAUAGGUGCCUAAACCCCAAACUUGUAUGUUUGGGAUUUUGUAUAGGUGUAUGUAUUUAAUA